CCAAAGCGCGCUUGGAAGGGGGAUCUGCCUUUUGGCCGCGCGGUGUAUUGUUGCUAGGAAGCAGCCCCAGCGAGGCUACCAGACAGUGAAAGAUCAAGAGGUUGUCGCAUGGGUUAUUUUAUUUAGAGGUCCUGUUUUUGCGAGGCCAGCGUCGACAUCAGGUGAAGACGGGUCUCCUCCCCCUGCUUUCAAGUUGUCAUUUAUGUGUGCGCCAAGGUUAGUGCCAUCUAGGUGUGCCAUGGCCAUUCAUGGCCACCCAUGGAGCUGAAGACCCCAGGAGACCACUCCGGCGCAGUCGCAGACUCUCCCUCCCGCAGCCCGGUCUGACCAUCCACGCCCAGUCCGCCGUGGUGCAUGCCCCCUCCGCGGCCCGUGCCCUGCCCGCCUGCCCCCUCCAUAAGAACCUCCAAGCCCGGCCUGCGGCGUUGACCCCGAUCUCUCCGAGUGCGCCCCAUGAGCCGCACCCCUCGUGUCUCUCAGGUAUCCCCCCGAGCUGCGCUCUUCCGUCCUCGCCCGGUCCCGUCGUCGCGCCCCGACCCCUCUGCACGCGCAGUGCCAGCGCAGGUGCCCGCCGCUGCUCCCUCCGCAGUGCCAGGUAUGCGAGCGUCGCACCCGCAGGCGUGUCCAAGGGCCCGGUCUCGCUCCAGUCUAGUGCCUCCUCAUCCCCUCCCUCCUCCUCCUCCUCCUCCUCCUCCUCAUCCUCUUCCUCAUCCUCUUCCGCUUCAUCUCUCCUCCUCUCGUCGCAGUGCCACGGUCUGUGCCUGCUGGAAGCCCAGCGUUCCCCCUGCCAGCUGGACCCUCUGAGGUUCGGAUCGGGCCUGCUGGGUAAACGAGCCUCCUCCCCGCAACUCUCCAUCUACCCCACCUGCCCCUCCCCACCGAAGGCGUCCGCGUCUGCCGCUCACCGCGGGGUAGUUGUGGUGGUGAACGGCGCCGACAAGACCAACAUGCCCACCAACCAGUCGUCUCCGUGGAGCGGUGCCCAGCUCAGGGAUAAGGGCAGUAUGGUGAACGGCCUGACGACGCAGCUCCCCGACAGCGCCGCAGUGCCUUCCUCCCAUGCUCGCGCCCGCACGGCGCACAGCGACCCCCCGCAGAAGCUGCCCUGCUGCCCUCCGUCGAACCGCUGCCAAGGUGACGGGCGGACGGAGGCGAAGAAGGUCGCGACCUCGCCUGCCGCCGUGCCUUCGCAGGAGAAGAGCGGGAACGACGUACCUCUCGGCCAUGACCACGUUCAGAGCGAGGGCCCUCCUCCGUCUCCUCUUCCUCCUCCCUCUAGGCCCGUGACCCUGCGGGCCCCUAAGGCCAGGUCGGAGGUCAAGCUGACGGCGGCCGUGCGCAAGCUGGUGAGGACCAGCAGCGCGCACCUCAGCCGGACGCUCAACGGCUACGGCGCCACCGCCCGCUCCACCGGCGCCUUGGCGACCGCCGGCGUGGCGUCCAGGAGGUCACCGCUCCGCAGCCUUACCCAAAGGGAGGGGGGUCCCGGUGGCGCUGUGGUACUGCCCGCUGAGAACCCCGGCAGUGCCCCCUCGCCCUCCUCUGCCCACCACUGUGCCAUUCCAGGGGAGACGGCUGCUCCUGGGUCGCCACUCCAGACGGCGCCCUCUGUUUACUCCGUCACCUCUGACCUCUCCGCCAUACACCUGACCAGGGAGGGCGGCGCCCAGGCUCCUACGGACAACGACUGCCCCGGGCCGAGCUCCCCGAUGGGGCCGGGCGCCGCUGGGGGUCCGUCUGAGAUGGAGCCCAAAAGGUGA